CGCGAGACGCUACCAAUGUACAGAGUUCCAUCGACGAUGAAGAUAUUCCUCGUGUAUUUCCUCAUCUGGGGACUGGCAAAUGGCCAGGGUCUUAACCCGGAACAGUUGUUUGUCGGGGCUUCGGCCAAUCCUUCGUUGGAAAGUGCAGUCUUCGGCAGCCCCCUACCUGAUCCAAUCGCAGGUUCGUCCGCUUUCACAAACGAUCAGAUAAAUAUUAACUUCGGUCCCAUACUUAAAGCGGGAUCAUCAGCGCAGACGUCAUUAGUCAAAUUUGGACAUAAAGAUUUCUCGACGAUGGUAGACGCUGACGCGGCCGCACAAACGUCUUUCGCGUUCCCGAAAGAAGAUACCGCAGCGAAUCUGAAAUCUCUCACGAAGAUAAUGGCAGAUCCUCCGAUCAAAAUUACAAGUUCGACGACCAAAUUGAGCGAGGAAAAUUCCGAAUCUACAAGAAAGAAAUAUUUCCUGACGCGUCACUUCUCAUCUUCAGCAUCGUCUUCGUCUUCGUCGCAGCCUAGUUCGACCACGUCCACAGUCUCCGCCGAGUCAGAAACCUCAAGCUCUGAUGUAAAGUCUCACUUCAGCGAGUCAUCCGACCGAGGAUCGUCCAGGAAGAUAGAUAUUUCGGCGGAAGCUAUCGCUAAAGCCGAAGCUGAGGCGAAGGCUGCGUCGCAAGCAGCGGUGGCCGCACAAGCAGAGGCCGAGGCUCAGGCGAAAGCGGCAGCUCGUGCGGAAGCGGAAGCUAGCGCGGCGGCUGCCGCAGAAGCACGAGCGGAAGCGAAGGCGCGGAUGGAAGCUGAAGCCCGGGCGCAAGCGGAAGCUCGCGCGGAGGCGUCCGCGCGUGCCGAGGCCGAGGCUAAGGCGGAAGCGUCCGCAAAAGCGGAGGCCAAAGUGAAAGCCGAAGCUGAGGCGCGGGCGCAAGCCGAAGCUCGGGUCGAAGCGGAAGAGCGAGCGGCCGUAUCCGCGCGAGCCGAAGCUAAGGCCCGGGCACAGGCUAAAGCCGAGGCGGAAGCAUCCGCACGUGCGGAAGCGAUAGCUUUCGCCGAAGCGGAGGCGCGUGCCAAGGCGGAAGCACGCGCGGAAGCGUCGGCACAAGCCGAGGCUAAGGCGAAGGCAGAGGCGGCGGCUGGUGCGGAGGCUGCCGCUGCGGCUAAGCUGGCCGCUCAAACCAAAGCGAUAGCCGAAGCGUACGCCAACGCUGUCGCUAAAGCCGAGACGUCCGCUAGGAAAGCUUUCGUGGCGAGCGUCGCCACGACGAACGCGGCGAAGUUAAUCAAAUUGGCUGCGUCGGCACAAGCGCAGGCAGCCAUCAAAGCAACUGCCGCUGAAGAGGCAGCAGCCGCUGUUGCCGUCGCCACUGGUGAGGCUAAUGCUUCGGCAACUGCGGUCGAAGCCGCUCUCGUGCUGACCAUGAUGAUCUCUCAGUCUGCGGAACUUGCUCAGAAGAUUGCCGCGUCUUAUUCAAUGGAAUUGGUCAAAGCAGCUGUGGCUAGCGAAGCCGCUAACAGAUUUGUCGAAAGCAAAGCUAUAAGCGGCGAGAAAAUAGUCGCUUCAGCGAUAACAGCUGCACAAGCGUCUGUGUCCAAACAUACGGCAGCGAAGCGGAAGACCGAAGAGCUUGCUAUGCAUCGAAAGAUGGCCGAGGAAAUUAGUGCAAAGGCAGCUGCUACACAAUCCACAGCUUUGGAAUACGCAAAGCUGGUUUCUCGUGAGGCUGAAGAAGCUGCCAAAAUGCAAGCUUCAUCAUCCGCCAAGAUGGAUUCAAGAACCGCAAAACUAGAAUCCCUCAUAGCGGCGCAGGCAAAUUCCCGCGACGCCAUAAGGGAUGGCAUUGUAUACGGAUUGGGCGCUAUGCCGAAAAUAAUGUUCAAACAUGUCGAAAUGUAG